GUUAUUGAAAAUCGACUGUAUGCGUGUGAAUAUGUGUGUGUGUGUGUGUGUGUGUGUAUUGUCGAAAUCGACGUGUCGUGCAAUUCGUAAAGACUAUCGACUAAAGGUAGCUGAAUUAAGUCCGCAAAUUGCGUAAAUUGCCAACUUGCGCUUUUCAACUUUCGUAAUACGGUCCGAACGAAUCAAUUUAUUCCUUGAAUUAAUUACAGCCUUUCAAACGGAAUGUCUAACGAUAGUAAUUACAGUUCCUGUCGAGUGGACUGUCAACAUACGUAUAGGCGAAGUUGCCGGGAUCAGUUUUUGGAAAGUAGUCGCCGUAAAAAGACAUUAGAAUUCUUGGAAUGGACGGUAUUCAACACGAGUAUCUGCGAGUGAAUAAAUACCUUUUGUUCGUGGUAAGCGCAUGGCCUUAUCAGGCCAUUCUUCAAAGAAGUCUGAUCGGAAUUAUCGUCAUCCCCAUUGUUACCGCUCAGCUUAUUCUUCAGUUUGGAGGAAUGAUGACUGCCAUAAUUGCUGGUGAUAUCGAGUCAUUUUUGGAAAGUUUCGCACCUUUAGCCAUUAGUUUAAUGUGUUUUGUUAAGUAUAUCAAUUUCCUAUAUAACUUCAAUCAGAUGAAACGUUUGAUGGAUAUAAUGCAAGAGGAUUGGAAAUUUCACGCGAGAUUGAGAAACGAAUAUGAAAUUCUUUGCGAGCAUUACGCGAUAGCGAGAAAAAUAACUACCAGUUUCGUAGCUUUUCUAUUGGGAUUAACAACACCGUUCGGGGCGAUGCCGUUGCUGCUGAACAUAGGUGACGCUUUAGGACUUUGCAACAUAUCGGAUGACAGACCGUUGGCAUUUCGGGUAGAGUAUUUCGUGGACGUGGAUAAAUAUUAUUAUUUACUUUUGGUACACUCGUCCAUUGGCACUCUUGGCUACACCGUCAUUGUUUUGGCCAUCAACUCGAUAAUAAUUGUUUACGUUCUACACGAGUGCGGACUUUGCGAAAUUUUGAGGGUGAAAUUAGAGAACUUUGUGGAAACGGAUGCAAUGGACAUAGAAUUACGCCCCCCCAAUAAAAAGGAUAAAUGGUAUCAAAAUGCCAGGGAUUGUGUACUCUUGCACAAACACAUAAUCGAAUUCGCUAAAAUACUCGAGGAUACAAAUACCACGUCUUACUUGCUUCAGCUAGGAUUCAAUAUGAUUUGUAUAAGCUUCACACAGUUCCAGGCAAUAAUAAAUAUUGAAGACACGCCCAAAGUUCUUAGAUACGUUUCAAUCACGAUCGCUCUUCUGUGCGAUCUUUUGUUCGUCAGUUGGACGGGGCAACAGUUAUCGAAUUCUACCGAGCGUAUUUUUGAAUACACAACAAAUGGGAAAUGGUAUCAAUCGUCGAUAAGUUGUAGAAAACUCUUGGCGAUAAUGCUGUCGAAAAGUAUAGCACCGUUGAGAUUAACAGCUUGCAAACUGUAUACUUUGAAUCUAGAAAGUUUCACUACGAUUGCCAAAACGUCGGUCUCUUACACAAUGGUACUGUGCUCCCUUCAAUAAUUUGUCGACCACGAAUUACGACGAUUAUCUAAGAGAAAGAGAAGGAGAGGGGGAACACGACGAGACUACGAAAGUCAAGUAAAUGUAUCAUUCAUCGGUAUCGAUAUAAUAAAAAGAAUGUAAUCGUAAGUGUAA